CUUCUUCAGUGGAAGUUGAGAGAGAGAGAGACACACACACACACUCUCUCUCUCACACACACACACUCUCUCACACACACACACUCUCUCCGAGCAGAGGAGCUGCAGCACGGCUGAUGGACUACACCACACGUAACAGUUGUUUAUGUGUAAAUCUACACACAGACUGAGGGACUGAGAGACUCGCGCACGGUCUCGCGCGCACCUCUAACGGCUCGUCGACGGUUUUUUUAAUCGUUAUUUUUUAUAUUACAUUAACGGCUGCUGGUGGAGUUUUAUAUCUGCUGGAAGAAACGCUGACGAGGUUGGAGAAAGACCGACGGAGAAAGAAAAGGGAGAGAAAAGGAACAGAGUGUGUGACAGAUGCUUGAGGAAAUUCCUGACCGGUUUCACUCUGGCACGACAGGAAUUUUUGCUGUAAGUUACUCUCAGAACUGAUGGAGAAGGACCACUAAUCAUUUUGCCGUGUUGCUACGCGGCUUGAUUUCCAUUAAAGAGGCCACUGCUGUUCUUGAGCUACGUCACCUUGUGCCAUCUUGGUUGUGCUUGGCCUCCUAGCUAAUCGGCAGUGCAUGAUCUCCAGAGAUUCUGAACAUUCCUCAAACAUGGUCCAGUGCUGAACUCUGUCUCUUGACUUCACCAUGACCAGCCUGAAGCGUUCGCAAACAGAGCGCUCUGUGGGGGGCUCUGUGCCUGCCUCAGAUGAGUUUUACACCCGCCGCCUGCGCUUGCCCAAUGGAGGGGCGCCUCCUCCACGCAGCGAGAGCACCCAUCUGUCCGGAGGCACACCUGGAGUGCCCAAGAUGGGAGUCCGGGCACGGGUUGCUGACUGGCCUCCAAGGAAAGAUGGUGGCGGUGGCAGUAGUGGAAGUGGUGGAAGUAGCGGUAGCAGUGGGAGUGGCGGUGGAGGAGGAGGAGGAGGAAGUGGUGGUGGUAGUGGUGGUGGUGGUGGUGGUGGUGGUGUAUGGCACAUUACAGUGGAGACUGACUCGCCAUCAACUACUUCUGGAAGCACACAGAGCAACCUUUCUGCUAAGCUUGGUCACUUGAUCAGCCCACAGGAUUCGUCUAUGCUACGCAAUAUUCAGAAUACCCUAAAGAAUAAGAUUCAUAGCAAGGGCAAAGACAAUCGCUUCCUGUCUCCAGAUGGUUACUUGGGCUCACCACGCAAGGGCAUGCGUCGUAUUCGCCAGCGCAGCAACAGCGAUAUUACCAUCAGCGAGUUAGACGGAGAUGGCAACGAGGGUUGGUCCUUUUCUGGCUGGACACCAAUGCACCGCGAGUACGGCAGCACCUCAUCCAUAGACAAGCAUGGCGUCUCUGGAGAGAGCUUCUUUGACAUGCUCAAAGCCUAUCACACUGAUGACCCUGAUCAACGUAGCCCUGCUCCUGAAAAAUUAAGUGAACUGCUGACCGUGGCUCACAAACAGACUGCCCUCGACCUGCCAGAUGGGCCCCUGGGACCCCCACGCGGUAGUCCUGCAAGUCGUCUCAAGGAAAGAGAAAAGCACCUGAAGCGGCGUUCCAAGUCUGAAACCGGAGGUGAAUCCAUAUUCCGCAAGCUACGGAGUGUGAAGGCAGAAGGUGACUCCUCUCGUGCAGGUUCGGAUGCAGAAGAUGGGAAGCCUGAGGAUGCAGGUCCUCCUCCAAAACCCUGGGUUUGUCAGAAAGGAUUUGCCCAUUAUGAUGUACAGAGCAUUCUGUUCGACCUGAAUGAAGCAGUGCAAAAUCGACAGAGUGCCUCCAAAAGGAAGAACACGACUACCGGAGCCUCUGCCGCUGCCGCUGCUUCGGCCUCCACCUCCUCCUCUCUAUCAUCCAACCAGAGUGGGGCCUAUGGCUCCCCCUGUGGUAGUCAAGAAGAGCUUAACGCCAAGGACGGACCAGCGCUGGACCCCGGUGACGAUAAAAGCAACGAUCUGGUCCUCAGCUGCCCCUGCUUUCGUAACGAGAUAGGGGGUGAAGGUGAGAGGAACAUCAGCCCUUCGAAACAAGGCAGCAUCGGCAGUGGAUCGGCCAAUUCUUCUAGAGACGAGGAUGGGAACCGCGAGGCGGCGCCCAGCACCCAUUUCAGUAAUGCAGGGGUAGCUGUGCUGGAAGCUCACAAAGAUGGAAAGAGCAUACAUCAUGAGAGGGGAAAGAGCAACAUUCUGGAACAUGUGGAUUUGGGUGCCUAUUACUACCGAAAGUACUUCUAUUUAAGAGAGCACUGGAACUAUUUGGGAGUGGACGAGACGCUCGGGCCGGUCGCCGUGAGUCUCCGGCGAGAGAAGCUGGACGAUCACAAAGAGCACGGCCCGCAGUACAAUUACAGGGUCAUCUUUAGAACCAGUGAGCUGAUGACUCUGCGAGGCUCCAUUUUAGAGGAUGCUGUUCCAUCCACGUCUAAGCACGGCUUGGCUCGAGGCCUGCCCUUAAAGGAGGUUCUGGAGUACCUGGUCCCUGAACUGAACACUCACUGCCUCCGUCUCGCCCUGAACACGCCCAAAGUCACGGAGCAGCUGAUGAAACUGGAUGAACAAGGGCUGAGCUUCCAGCUGAAGGUAGGGGUGAUGUACUGCCUGGCUGGCCAGAGCAGCGAGGAGGAGAUGUACAACAACGAGUCGGCCGGUCCUGCGUUGGAGGAGUUCCUGCAGCUGCUCGGAGAACGCGUGCGCCUCAAAGGAUUCAGCAAGUAUCGCGCUCAGCUGGACACUAAGACUGACUCAACCGGUACUCACUCCUUAUACACCACUUAUAAAGACUAUGAAAUCAUGUUCCACGUGUCCACCAUGCUGCCUUACACACCCAACAACAAGCAGCAGCUGCUCAGGAAACGGCACAUCGGGAACGACAUCGUCACCAUCGUGUUCCAGGAGCCCGGAGCCAAGGCCUUCAGCCCCAAGAACAUCCGCUCGCACUUCCAGCACGUGUUUGUGGUGGUGCAGGUGCACAACCCGUGCUCGGAGAACACCUGCUUCAGCGUUGCCGUGGCCCGUUCCAGAGACGUCCCUGCUUUUGGACCGCCCAUCCCAGAGGAUAUGAUGUUCCCUAAAUCCUCAGUCUUCCGGGACUUCCUGUUGACCAAGGUGAUCAACGCAGAGAACGCCGCGCACAAGUCGGACAAGUUCCGCGCCAUGGCGACACGCACGCGCCACGAGUACCUGAGGGACCUGGCAGAGCGCCACGUCACCAGCACACCCAUCGACCCCUCGGGCAAGUUUCCCUUCAUCUCUCUGGCGCACAAGCGCAAGGAGAAAAGCCGGCCAUACACUGGGGCCGAGCUACGAAGCCCAGGCUCCAUCACCUGGGCCGUGUACGCAGAGGACCACGGCGCCGGAGGAGAACUCGAAGCCCUGCUCGCAAUCUCCAACGACUUUCUCAUCCUGGUGGAUCCAGAAGCCAAGGCAGUGGUGUUCAACUGCGCCGUACGUGAUGUCAUCAGCUGGACGCUGGGAAGCCCCGCCUCCAUGAAGAUCUUCUACGAGCGAGGAGAGAACGUCUCGCUACGAUCGGUCCACAACAACACGGAGGACUUCAGGGAGGUCAUUAAGCGCCUAGAGUAUCUAACCAAAGGCUGCGAGACGUCUGAGAUGACUCUGCGUAGAAACGGACUCGGCCAGCUGGGUUUCCACGUCAACUACGAGGGCAUCGUGGCCGAGGUGGAGCCGUACGGUUACGCCUGGCAGGCCGGACUGCGGCAGGGCAGCCGCUUGGUGGAGAUCUGCAAGGUCGCCGUGGCGACGCUCUCGCACGAGCAGAUGAUCGACCUACUGCGCACCUCAGUCACAGUGAAGGUGGUCAUCAUACCACCACACGAGGACGGCACGCCACGCAGGGGCUGUUCGGAGCUGUACCGCAUGCCAGUGGCUGAGUAUAAGGGAAACAGUGAGAGCGGUUCGUACGAGUACAAGUUCCCGUUCCGCACCAACAACAACAAGUGGCAGCGCACGUCCUCCAGUCCACAGCAGUCGCUCUCUGCCUCGCCUCAGAGCCACACCGGGACCCCCAACCGAGCCGUCAGCCUGGGGGCCAGUAUGGGCAAGACGCUGUCCGCCGAGAGACCGGAGAGGGCCUCAGCCAUCCCACGCAGUGUCUCCAGCGACGGCCGGCCUCUCGACACUAAGAGGAUGUCUCCUGGUUCAGAGAACUACGCCCUGGCUUCGUCCAUGGCGAUGACCCGACCCACUCACACCCGCAGCUCCCCCAGCAACCUGUCCUGCUCCAGCGACACUGGCUCUGGGAGUUCAGCCCACUGGAGGCAGAAGUCCAUGCCUGAGGGAUUUGCGCCGAACCGACACUCUCCUCUUCCGCCAGAGCGACAGAUGAUGGGAGACGGCAGCGGGAAGUCCACCCCCAGCUGGCCCCGAGUGGACGACACGGAGAGAGCAACAGAUGCCCCGGCCGGUAAAUCCGGCACGUCGUACUCGGGCGGCCCACGCAUCCAGAGGCAGGAGCAGGUCAUUCAUUUGUCACCUAAGAAGAGCAGCCAGUCUGAGGGCCCGUACUCCCACUCCAGCAGUAACACGCUCUCCAGUACAGCCUCCAGCGGCGGUCACAGCGAUGACAAGUGGUACGAUCUGGGAGGCGGCGGUCCAGGAGACGGCGCUGACCCCGAGCCUAACGGUCUGGGCGGAGGCGGAUACCUGCAGGGCUCCUCAGCCGACAGCGGCAUCGACGCCACCUCCUACGUUCCCCAUCACGGCAGCUCUAGCUCCCUGCUCACUGUGGGCACCUCGGCACCUCGAGAGAGGGUCGCCUCGCCGUGGCACGGGCCGUCUGACGGAGGCCGGCGCGUGCUGGAGAGAUCACCUCCGGCCGCGGAGUCGCCCGUCGCUCCUGCAGAAGCUCCGACCACGCGCAGUCCUCCUACACAUCUGCUAAUGCGUGACAGCAGCUCGUACAGCCUGAGCGACAUGGCAUCCCACUCCAGCUCACGUCACUCUGCCAGCCCCGGUGUGCUCAGCUCCAGUCACAACUCUCCCCGAGACGAGUCGCCCUCCACCACAUCGCCCUCCUCCUCCUCACAGAGCUCGGUCUCUCCAGGACCAAAGAGCUUUUAUCCUCGCCAGGGAGCCACCAGCAAGUACCUGAUUGGUUGGAGGAAGCCAGGAAGCACCAUCAACUCUGUGGACUUCGGAGACACUCGGAAGAGGCCUCAGGGCGAGGGGGCAGAAAGUGGGCCGUCUCAGACCCGACCCUCUCUCAGAGACUUGCACUCGCCUCAGCCGCUGGGCAAAUCGACUGUAGAGGAGGAUCUGAAGAAACUCAUCACCCUGGACAGUCCACCUGCUAUCCAUCAUGAUGACAAGUCUCUGCAGCCGUCGUGCUCGGGUGCGAGCGGUACGGGCCGGCGCUCGCUGCAGCGCACUCUCUCCGACGAGAGUAUUUAUCGAGGCCAGCGCUUGCCUUCGCUGGGAGACGCGGUGUUGGAGCAGGCGCUCACCAGCGACGUGCUGUUCAGCUGCUCCACCCUGCCGCGCUCACCCACCACCCGCGGGGCACCACUGCGCAGACCAUCCUACAAACUGGGCAUCAAGAUGCAUGGUGACCUCUCCGCGUCUGACACCUCUCUAGCAGACCUCCACGAGCGCCAGAGGCUGCCGUCUCCCGAGCUGGGUCUCAUGCCUCUGCCUGACACGGACACGGACAGCGGCCUGGACUGGAGCCACCUGGUAGACGCCGCUAACGCUUUCGAGGGUGAGGGGAGACCCCCACGCAUUCAGAGAAGUUUCAUGUUCAGUUCUCAGGACAUCAGUCAUCGUGGUGAGACUACAGCGAGCUCCCAGCAGCUGGAGCUGCAGCCUGUUCCCCACAGCCGACUUUCUCCCAGUGACAUUCCUGUGGGUUUUGCUGGUAAAAUCUCCCAGCUCGAGUCUUUGGUGAAGAUGCUGCAGGACACCUUGAAGAAGGAGCGAGAGGAGAAGCUGAAGCUCCAGGCUCAGAUCAAGCGGCUUUGGGAGGACAACCAGAGGCUCCAGGAGGAGUCACAGAACUCUGCUGCCAAGCUGAAGAAGUUCACCGAGUGGGUCUUCAACACCAUCGACUUGAACUGAGAGCACCGCCGGAGCAGCUGCUCCGCCCUCCAGCUUCACCCGGGACCAACACCAGCACCAGUCAACAAUCCAACCCUUGUUCUGUCGAGCGUUCCUCAAGCCAGUCGGAACACAGCACGGGAACCACCAGUCUUUGUCCAGGCCAACCUUCUCAUCAUGAAUCCUUAUUCACUGAACCGGUCUGCAGGGACGAGCGGUUAUCCAGGAUCACGGUUACGCAAGGAAGAACAUGACAAAUUUUUUCUUUUUCUUUUUCUUUUGGAGAGAGAUCGUGGUGUUUGUGAGAUUCCGCGGGGUCACUGUGCUGUUUGGAGUCGGUGUGUGUUCGUUUCCCCUCUUUAUCUCUAAUUAGCGAGGUCGGUGGUGUGAAGCUACAAUAAAAAAAAAUAAAAAAUAGGAAGGAAGCCACACGUUAUGACAUUUUAUUAUUACAGACGAUCUGAUGCCGAAUGGACCGAAUGCAGAAUCUUGGCCUUUUUUUCUUUCUUUCCUUUCUUCCCUUAAAGGCAAAAGCAAUAGGCCGACGUUCUCAAAGCGUCGGCUUCAUCAGACCGUAAUAAUAAUAAUAAUAAUCUAAUCUCACCGUGUCAGAUUCUCACCUCACGUAAAGCAAUCGCAGGUCUGCGGUACGAACACUGAAAACUCUUAAGACCUUUUUUUUUUUUUCCUUUCUCUUUUUCUUCUUCUUUUGGGGAACGACUCUAAUUUAUUCUGUUUGUAUUAUAAAUAAAUAUCCGUACAGUAGAAAGUUAAUGUUUAUUUUCCAGACAGAUGCUCAUUAUUUAGGUGUAUUAUUAUUAUUAUUAUGAUUAUGAUUAUUAUUAUUUUGUACGUUUUGAUUUCAUGCCGUUACGUUUUGCGUGCUUUGUGGUGCCCUCGCCUUCCGUCGUCGUGUUGCCUUAGUGCCCUCUGGUGGUGAAAAAUGAUUGUUUCACUAGCUACAGUCUUUAUUUCAGUUUUGAAAAAGAAAAAAAACACCAAACAAACAAAAAUCAAGGCAUUUGUCGUUUCCUCCUUUUGUUGUUUGUGCUAAUGGAAACGGAGAUUAAGCUCAGGCUUUGUGUGUGUGUGUGUGUGUGAGAGAGAGAGAGAGAGAGAGAGAGAGAGAGAGAGAGAGAGAGAGAGAGAAUGAAAGGAGUUAUUCUGACUGAGGAAACCGGUCAGAACAGGAGGUAGAUUUCUGCUCACGUCAGCAUCGAAUUUCGUGCCUGUUCAAAGGAAGGGCUUUAAUCAGCCGAUAAUCAAUACGGCUGAACGGCUACAGCCUGUGAUCUCGCUCCUGCCUCUCAGUGCUGAGUCUAAUCAUCAAUCAAUCUGAGAUACACACUGCCCACAAACACACACACACACACACGGCUGUUCUGAGCUCAAACAGUUCACAAGCAACUCUCAAAAUCAAAUGUAAAUAUUCCGCACCGAACGGAGAUUAUCGAUUCUGUUCUAAGAAUCAUUCGAAUCGUAUGAAUCGCUCGAAUCAUUUCUGGUUACCAGCAGCUCGAAGGAACGAACGAAUCACACGUAGACGCCCGAAAGCCCGAAAAAACUCGAAUCGAUUCAGGUUUGUACAUUAUAGAGAAUCUUAGAGACCGCGUGCCUGAGUGAGUUAACGAUAAAGAGUCGUGCUUCUCCUUUUACACUUUCAGGAAGGUUUUAAAUAAGAGCUCCCGUUCUGUGGAACUUGAACGCUGGCAAAAAUGUUCGAAUGUGAAUUCGGGGAGUUUCGAUCACGUACACGUCACUUUUUUUUUUUUUUAAUCUGUUUUUGUUCGAGCGUGUAGUUGUAAUUUAACCUGCGUCGGAUUCUGUACGUUUAUAAUAAAAAAAAAGAAUCACAGUCAGAUGUUUUUAUGUAAAUUAGGCCAAAGAUGAUAAUUUUCAUUAAGCGACGUUCUAGCUAGUCACGCUGCACGUGCCGCUAAUCGUUUUCAUACGGUUUUGCUUCUUAAUAGAAAUGUAGUCAUUUCAAUACAACAUAUCAACCAUAAAGGGUCACAUCUAAUCUGUCGAACUCGGUUUGAUUCAUAGACGCGAGCGAACACGAGAGACUUUUCUUCUGGGACUCCUGGAAGUUUUACAUAUAGCCUAAUUUACAUAUAUUUGCAUAGAUUUACAUAAAGCCAGUAGUUGCAUCCCUCUGCCUCUAGGUGGUGUUAGAGUUGUGUUGUCGAGCACCUGUAGGAUUAAUUACGUUUAAUUAGACCUGGUUAGAUCUCAGAAUCGAUCACAUAUUGUUUUUCUCCUUAAAGUUUGGAGUAUUUGGAGCGAACAUGUUGUUUUCAGUGACAUUUUAAAGACAAGCUUAAGCAAGGAUAAAAAUUAAAAAAUAAUGCUGAAUAAAAUGCACAUUGAUGUGGAUGAACGUACAUCACACGUAAGAGUAUAAUAUAAUUCCAACACGUGACGUUUAUAUCCGAAUACUUUUGUCAGCUUUUAAGCUCCAGGACUAUUGUUUACUCUUCACCUUGUUCGAUAUUCCACUUCAGAUUUCUUUGAAUGUGAACGUUAACUCUUUUUUUUUUUUUCCCAGUCAAAUUAAUAAUUUACUUUGCACUGUAAUUUUUUUUUGUAUAGAUUUCUAAUUAUUAUUAUAAUAAUUAUUAUUAUUAUUGCUAUGAUAACAGUCGACGGAGCCUCAUAACGUUAAACGUCUUCUCGGUCGUCGCCUUUCGUCACGUGCGUCAUCACGUGUGAGCGGGAGAAGACGUCCUUCGCCGAGCUCCUCGACCCUUCUGCGGAUUUACACGUGUUUCGCUUCGACGAUGUGCACGUUUUCUUAAAAAAAAAAAAGCCAACAAAAACAAAAGAAGGAAACAUUCUAUAUCUAAGAAGAAGAACUGUUUACAUGAUUCUGUUGGUUUUAUUUGUAAAGUCUAGAGGUUUAAUGAACACAUGUCCCGGUCAUCAUAACGGUAUUAAAACCUUUCUUAAAUAAACUGCAAAAAUAAAAUAUAUUUGAGUUGCUGUAAUUUUUCAUGAUGUGGAAGUGAAUGACGUAACACACUGCUUGCCUCCCGCUCCGUAAGGUGUAACUGCUUUCUGGGCCAAUAAAUUAAUUUAUAUUCGUAGGUGAAAUGUCA